GCAAGAACCCUUGUCUCCCGCGCUAAAUAUGACCAUGGACCUUUACACAAUCGAGCCUGCAGAAACAGAAACAUGCCGACGGUCUCGCAUCACUUCAAGCACACUCUGUUCAGGCAGUGUGCUGGAAGAGGACCACUACUCAUUGAUAAGAGGCAUGCAGGGCUAUGAGGUUACCCCAGCAGACCUUGUAUUCCUGAAGAGAGCCAGGCAGGAGAGGCAGAUCAACGCCUUACAGAGAGAGCUGGAUGAAUUACUGAGGCAGCGGAGGAACCAGAUGCUGGCCAGGGAUCUGUCCUUGGCCUCCAGAGAGAAGAUCCAAACUGACCUUGAUGAGAUCCUGUCCUGUGAGCAGACUGUUCAAAUGGGGCAAGUGUUCCUCUCGAGGAAGCUGAGCUCAACGGAGGUAGAGGCCCUGGACUCCAAGUCCCUCCUGGCCCAGAUAAAGACUGCUGAUGUCCAGCAAGCUGUAGAGGAGGAACAAGCUGAGAUCACUGCACUAGAGAACAGCGUGGCCAGAGCCCUGGAGCUCAGAGAGAGAGGGGAGCAAAGACAACAGGAGAUUGAGAAUCGGAACAGAGCCAUCCUCACGAAAAAGGCAAACAUCAAGCAUCUGAUGAAGGAACUAUCAGAGCUCAAAUCCCAGCUGGCUGGGGCAGAGGAGUCUUUGCUAGCCAUUCAAGGCAAGGUGGACACUUUGAAAGACACAGAAAAAGAGGAAGACACAGGUCCCCAGGAGGCAUUGCAAGUCGCCCCAAGCCAAGCAAAAGCUCCCAAGAAGGCACCCAAGACAAAAAGGAAUGGUGGAGAAACAAUUACCCAACAGGCUUCUCAUGUCCGAAUUAAAGCUGAAAAUACACCUACCAUAGUUGGAGAGCCACAUAUGGCCAGUGGUCUCAGACGAUCUACGAGAAUAGCUACCAAGAAGAGCUGCGUUGAGAAUAAGCCUGUUUUAAGGAAAACUCACCCUGUCAAAGCAAGCAUUUCACUUUGAGAAUUUUUUUUCUCCACUUUUCCUGAAACUCUUGAUUUUUAAGGAGUUGUUUUCCACUGCUUUUUGGUACUGUGGUUCGGGUUCCAUCCAGUUGACAACAGAUUUUAAUGCAGAUAUUCAAAAGUCACAAACAUAUGCAUUUUUCCCACCAGACGUGCUUUCAUCAAACUGACUUUGUAGCGGAUAAAAUGUUGUGCGUGACAAGUACAAAAGUAUUAUGUGCACUAAGUUUUCAUGUACAGAAUAAAUUAAAACAAGUUUUAAUGUGUUUCCAUAGCAUUUUCAAUUCUAUGGAUGAUUUUGUCACACAAACUGCAAUAAAUAGCACACUUGCCCAA